UUUGCCCGUUCUGAUCCCGCGGAAGCGCCAUCGCUGGCGGCGGGUCCCUGCGCGGAGCGGGCGCUGAGUGUGCGCGCGCGCGCGAGUUGAAUGGGGGUGGCCUCCUGCGCCCAACCUGCUGCAUUUUAGGACUGUUUCCUUUUCCAAAAGAAGAGCUCAAAAGAGAAGUUUCAUCUAGAAAUCUCAAAGCCAUGUCUCAGGUGAGAUGAUGUUUCCUCUCUUUCUGGAAUAACUUUUUUUCAUGGUGUAUGAACAUGAGCUUCCCUGUCCUUUAACCUUCCCAGAUAUUGGGAUUUUCUUCCGUGAAACUAGUCUUCAGUCAGGGCCAGAUUAGGAUGAGGCAGGCAAGUGGCAUGAGGUGAAAUAUUUAAGGGGUACCCUCAGAGCUGUGCCUUCCUAAAUUUUGCAUUCUAGAUGCCUCACCUGCCUCAUCCUAUAUCCAGCCCUGUUCACAAUUUCUCCAUUCCAACCAGAUCAACUUAAGCCUUCCCCAAGCGCACCUUCUAGUUGUACAUAUUCAUUGGGUACAUCAUUCAUCAUCUCCUUUCUCAGUCUUCUCACAAACAAACUGCUGAAACAGAAAGGUAUUAUCUUGAUUUAAAUGGGAAUAUAUGGCUUGAAUCAAUUUAACUUGUCCUGAUGCUGAUUUGAGAUCUAAGUUGUGAGUAGUCAUGGAGCAGACAUGGAAAAACCUUAAUUAUCUCUGCUAGCCUAGGUUUUGCAAUGGUAUGUUGGGAGAUAGAAGUGGUAGAUCCCAGCAUUAGUUCUGGAAAGAUGUCCUGCUUUGUGAGGCGUUUAGGGUAGCAAUUUGAUUGCAGGCUUGUCAAAGAAACAGGUUUUGUGUUCCUCCUCUCUGAUCUUCCUGUUUUAUUCAUGUCUGCUAGCCGAUCCUAUAAAUUGUGGCCUGCCAGUGAAAACCUUUCCAGUAUUCUGAUGCUGUUAGAGAUUUGUUAUUUUCUUUUUAGUUUCUUUUAAUGUUUUAUAUGCUGGUGCAGGAGAAGGAAAUCCAUAUGCCAGGCCACUUUUGAAAUACGCUAUUGUUGAUCAAACAGUACUUUGUCCUCUUUUCAUAUCUUUCAGAAAAUUCCUCUUUAGCUCAUCCACCAACCUUUACAAUAUUGGUUUUCGUCAGAUGCUAAUUGGUUCUCUUCUUCACAGUCCCUUUUUCUCUAUGCAUAAUCAUAUUCACUCUGAAGGCUACACUUAGUGUGAUUCUAGUGACUCUCAAAUACCCCUCUCCACUCUAGACCCCUGUCCAGAGUGUCAAAACUAUAUAUCCAACCUCCACUAGCUAUCACCACCUGUAUGUUCCACAGACACUUAAAGUACACUUCCAAGGUUUACCUCAUUACUUCCUUUGGUCCAGCCUACAUUUUCUUCUGUUUCCCAUUUUCACUUUCUAGUCCCAGCAGCCAUGCAUUUGCCUAUGCAGAUAACAUGCCUGUAUCUUUUCCACUCUACAGUCAAUUUACAACCAUCUCUGUUGUAAUGGUGGUCAUGUAGGUGCAGUUGUUCUCCGUCAGUCCGCUGACACUUCCUUAAUCUAGAAGACAUCUCUAACCAUGGUUACUUAAUUGUCAUUCCCACAUAAUAUACAUUAAGCCUUUUCUAGUCUUCAGGAGUAUUGCCUCAAAACUUUUAUCACGUAACAUGUGUGUCCUUAUGUUUAUUCACGUUCUUUCUAUUCCUUAAAGCAGCAGACCCAAAGUAGGGCAUGCAUCACAGUAGAAUGUACGAGAUAGUCUACUGGAAGGAAAUAAAAUGUUAACAAUUUACAUUCAAGAGCAGUAAUCAUUAACAAUGUAGAUUUUCGUAAAUGCCUAUUGAUGGUUUAUAAAUAGCUACAAUGUUGGGAAUGUGUUCAGUAUAUCUUUAAGACCGCUGUUCUGUAGGAAAAAAAAAUCUAGUGUCAUGUCAUAAUAUCCCCACUGCCUACCUCCAUAUACCUUUUCCUUCUUAGAGCUCAAAGACUGUUUCCUAACAUACUGUGCCUUUUGCUAUUUCCUGAUUUACUAACUGGUUUUUUUCUCCCCAUGAAUUUUUAAAAGCUGAUGCCCUGUAUUCCUACAAAACAAAUUCGUUGUGAGUACAAAACUUUUAUGUCCUCAGUGAAGCCUCAGAGUACAAAAUGAAAUUUUUCCUUGUUUUGUGACACUUUACCUUGUACGUAUUUCUGUCAUUGCAUCUGUAAAACCUACUAAGUGCAUGUAUUUACAUGUAUGCCCCUCUCUUAGCCUGUAACUUCUCAUGAGCAGGGUCAGGGUUUUAUUCAUUUUGGUCUACCAGGCAACCAGUCACAUUCAGGACAAGUAGUGUGAUCUCAGUAUGUUUAGCAUGAGAUUAUAAGUAAAUACAAAUGGAUGUAUUUUCAGAGAGAGAAUUUUAUACAAUAUAAAACAUAAAUAAGGAAACUAGUCUGACCAGUAAACAUUGUCAGUACUAGGUCUCCAAUAUCUAGUUCUCACACAUUUCCGAUCACUUCAGGAUGAACUAGAGUAUGCCCUUACAGGGAUCAGUGUCAUUCAAGGAUGUGACUGUGGACUUCACCCAGGAGGAGUGGCAGCAACUAGACCCUGCUCAGAAGGCCCUCUACAGGGAUGUGAUGUUGGAAAACUAUUGCCACUUUGUAUCUGUGGGGUUUCACAUGACUAAGCCUGAUAUGAUCCGCAAGUUGGAACAAGGAGAAGAGCUAUGGACACAGAGAAUUUUUCCAAGUUACAGCUAUCUGGAAGAAGAUGGGAAAACUGAAGAUGUCUUAGUGAAGUUCAAAGAAUACCAAGACAGGCAUUCUAGAUCCCUCAUAUUCAUCAAUCACAAAAAACUAAUUAAGGAGAGAAGUAAUAUUUAUGGUAAAGCACUUACUCUAGGCAAGAACCGUAUUUCAAAAACCAUACUAUGUGAAUAUAAACCUGAUGGAAAAGUUUUGAAAAAUAUUUCAGAACUAGUCAUUAGAAAUAUAAGCCCCAUAAAAGAGAAGUUUGGGGACAGUACUGGAUGGGAGAAAUCACUCCUCAGUACGAAGCAUGAGAAAAUUCAUCCUGCAGUGAAUCUCCAGAAACAAACAGAAAGAGUUCUCAGUGGUAAACAGGAACUUAUUCAGCAUCAGAAGGUUCAAGCUCCAGAGCCACCGUUUGACCAUAAUGAAUGUGAAAAAUCCUUCCUGAUGAAAGGAAUGCUAUUUACACAUACUAGAGCUCACAGAGGAGAAAGAACCUUUGACUACAAUAAAGAUGGAAUUGCCUUCAUAGAAAAGUCAAGCCUCAGUGUCCAUCCAAGUAAUCUUAUGGAAAAGAAGCCCUCUGCCUACAACAAAUAUGGGAAAUUCCUCUGCAGAAAGUCUGUCUUUAUUAUGCCUCAGAGACCACAAACAGAAGAGAAACCCUUUCACUGUCCUUACUGUGGGAAUAACUUUAGAAGGAAAUCAUACCUCAUUGAACAUCAGCGAAUUCACACCGGUGAAAAACCUUAUGUUUGCAAUCAAUGUGGAAAGGCCUUCCGUCAGAAGACAGCCCUCACCCUUCAUGAGAAAACACAUAUAGAGGGGAAACCCUUUAUUUGUAUCGAUUGUGGGAAGUCCUUCCGCCAGAAGGCCACCCUUACUAGACAUCACAAAACACAUACGGGGGAGAAAGCCUAUGAAUGUCCUCAGUGUGGAAGUGCCUUUAGGAAGAAGUCAUACCUCAUUGAUCACCAGAGAACUCACACAGGAGAGAAACCAUAUCAGUGUAAUGAGUGUGGGAAGGCAUUUAUCCAGAAGACAACCCUCACUGUGCAUCAGAGAACUCACACAGGAGAGAAACCCUAUAUUUGCAAUGAAUGUGGGAAGUCCUUCUGCCAAAAGACAACCCUCACUCUCCACCAGAGAAUUCACACAGGGGAGAAACCCUAUAUUUGUAAUGAAUGUGGGAAGUCCUUCCGCCAGAAGGCAAUCCUCACUGUUCAUCACAGAAUACACACAGGAGAGAAAUCCAAUGGGUGUCCUCAGUGUGGGAAAGCCUUUAGUAGGAAAUCAAACCUCAUUCGCCAUCAGAAAACUCACACAGGAGAGAAACCAUAUGAAUGUAAACAGUGUGGGAAGUUCUUCAGUUGUAAGUCAAACCUCAUUGUCCAUCAGAAAACUCACAAGGUAGAAACCAUGGGAAUUCAGUAAGUAAUGCGGCUUUUUUUGGUAAAAAAAUGUUAAGUCAUAGUAAACCCUGUAGAUGAUGUUGCUUGCAAGCAUAAUAAUAUCCAACAGUUUAAGGUACUAUACCACAUGGUAACCUACUAUUUGCCAGCCUGUAAAACACACACACACACACACACACACACAAAUAUUAUUAGACAAAUUACAUGACAAAAAUCAUUAAAAAGUCCAAAUUUUUUUCUUACUAGCUUCAGCAGACAAAAACUUCCUCUGUCAAGGUGUUAUAAACAUUUUAAAUCACAUUUUCCAUUUCAAUACAUAUCCUUUUGUUAAUCAGUAAUAACUAGUUGGCCAACUGACUGCGGUCCAUGGACUACACAGUGAGUAGAGAGGUUCUUUAAAAGAAGGAGGUAUAAACUGUAUUUCUCAUUGCAAAUCCAAAAUAAAAAUUAGUUGUUACCUCCUCACAGUUGACCACGAUUCUGACUUUUAACAUUACAAAUUAGUUUUUACAUAUUAUAAACCUUUCUAUCAAUUGGAUUAUCAUGCAUUCUUUCAUGUACGGCUUAUUACAUUCAUCAUGUCCCUGAGUCUAAUCAUUAGUGCAUGUGGCAGAAGUUUAUUUAUUUUUAUCCAGUAUAGAAUUCUAUUAUAUGAUUAUAUCACAAUUUAUCCAUUCUCCUGUUGAUGAACUUUUACAUUGUUUACAGCUUAGGGUCAUAAUAAAUCAUGCUUCUGAGAGCAUA